GCCUGCCCAGGAGCCGGUGGAGCUAACGGUUGUCUCUUCCACUCGCAGAUUGCUGACGCCUCACGGCCUGUAUGCACUGCAUUGGACAGCAGUUUCCUGGAAUAAGAGCGGGCGAGCGAGAGACAUCUGGUGCCGCGGCGUAAACACCGGUCACUGUACCUGUGUGUCGAUUGCGAUACUCGGAACGAGAAGUCGAAGACAGCGACGCCACGAUGAAUAUGAAUAUAGAUCGGAUGCGCUUCUGUGUCGGCGGCAGCGUCUUCGCGCACGGACUCUACUGGGUGCUGCGGUUGGUGGUGUCAUGCAGCAGGAGGUUCUACUCUUUCGUGGCACUCAUAGCAGCUGUAGUUUUUAUGUACAAAACUUGGGUGAACAGCAUCUGGCCAGAGAUCCGUGUACCGCCUCCUGAAGGAGAGGAUAAUGAACAGUGGACUCCUGUACAUCCGCAAGUCUUCAGCGUGCCCGAACUGAGCCGAUACAUCACUGAUUGGUCAGAGAGCGUCAGAAAGUGGUUUGCGAAUGUGAUUCUUCUUCGAAAGACCAACCCAGGAUUGUUCUGCAUUCUGGCGUCAUCAACUUUUGCUAUGACGGCUGUGUUGGGAAGAAUGGUGUCUGGUGUUCUCAUACUUUACAGUCUGUUGAUGGCUGUUACCCUAGGUCCCGGUAUUGCACUGUAUGUAAUACCAGCCACGUGGUAUGAACAGGCCGAUGCACUUAUGAGAAUUGCAUCUGGAAAGCCACCUAGGAGGAAGCAGCGCAAUGAUGAUGGUGGUGGUGUUGGGGAGGGUUCUGGUCCCACUAACACUGAAGAAGAGCAAGAUGAGCUGGAGGAGUUCCUGCCCAAAAUGGACGAAAGGCUUUUGGCAAAGCAGCUCAGCCUGUCUCUGGAGUCUGACACGAGGUCGAGCACGCUCAGUGACACAUCGCUUCUGCCUCAAGGGCUUGCCACUGCACCGCCUCUAGAUUCCCUGGAUGAAGAGACUCAAUUCUAUGAAGGAAUGGGGAGCCUUCCAGACUAUGAUGAAGACACAGACCUGGACAGCUUCCUACCCGACAUGACAACCAUGCCCUCUCUGAGCGAAGUGUGUGACUCUGAUGAGCAGCUCCUUCCCUCUGCUGCCACUGCAUCAUCAGCGUCCAUGCAUUUUUCAACCUCGCACUUCAAAAUGGACAGCUCUGACUCGGAAGGCGAUGAUGCACUCAUCAGAGGCCUGACCUCGGCGCGUCGGCCUGCCCGACAGCCCGAGGCAUCAAAGUCGCGCCCUCUUGCCGUGGGCCCUCGCACCUCCCGACACAGCUCCCAAGUGUCAGAAAGUGAAAACGUUCCGUCAUGCACGAGAACUGGCGAUGUGCGGGACCUUCAAUAACCCAAAGAACAGAUUGUGAGUUGCCUUGAUACUAUUUUUUUUUUCCUAUACACUUGCUCUCCAUUUUUUUUUUUUUUUCUGCAUUUCGACUACUAAUGACAACUUGCACAUGUUGCACUUUGUCUUAGUACGAAUGUGCAAGUGAUUGCUCUUUGUUACCUCUGUCUGUGGUUGUACUUUUAGCACUUGUUGUGAUGAGUUUUUACCAACCUCAAACCUGCACUGUCACAAUUUUAUUUUUGUCAUCACACCUGUAUGCUAGUCGUAACUUGGGCCUGCAUGUGUACUUGCACAUGGUAAAGUGUCACAGUAGUCCUGCCAUGUUUUUGCUGAACUGAAAAUUUGUUACAAAAUUACACCUUCUCUCUCCUCCAUCAAGAAUCUCAUAUUCGACUCUUUUGUGCAAUAGCUCUACAAAGCCUGGUCGAAGCAUAGCAACCGGCGCCACCUGCGGGAUUCUUGGAAAAAUUUUGGGCAUCCAGCAGUUGGUGUAGGAUUUGGUUGCAGUAUUCGCCAAUAUGUGGAUGAUUUAAGAUUACAGCAAACCGGGCGUAGUGAUACCAGCACAGACCUAUAUUUGAGUGCCUUGUACAUAAAUGAACAAUAAAAGAAAGUAUUUCAAAGUU